AUGAAGACCAUAUCUCUUGUUUCCCGCACCUGCACCCUCCAUCAACGCCCAGUCCUCCCUUUCAACAAGACCGUGAGAUUACAACGAUGGGCUUCUACGUCAACUUCGAAAGGUCUUACCGACUCUAAAUCCGAUAAAGGGUCUGAUUCACAAGAGAAGCAAGACAAAAUCGAAAAACUCAAGAAAGUGCACAAGAGCAUGGCAGAGGCAGAUGAAGAGAUGCGCAGAGCCAUGGAGAAUCUAGCUGGCGACGGUGGAGAGGCCGGAGUCGAACUGGAAGAGGGAAAGGCAGUUGCUAUGAAAAGAGGCGUCCGCGAGAACAUGUUCAGAUACAUCUGA